AUGGAGCAUUCCACCCUAGACAUGCGCACUAUGGCCCAACUGAUUCUGGCCUGCAAGUACGUCAGCGAUGCGCCUGUCGUCCGAUCACCGUCCAAGUCUCACUGGCAUAUUAGCCGCAUUCUUGAUGCUGGCGCCGCUGCCGUCGUGAUUCCGCAUACUGAAACUGUCCAAGGAGUUCGAGAUCUCGUUCACCACGCCAAAUACGACCCGCUCGGUGCCUGUGGGUGCACCAACAACCAGCCCAUUUUGAACUUCCAUGUCCAUACACUGCAGCAAAACGAGGCCCUGAACACCCAGACCAUGCUCAUUCCUAUGAUUGAGACGCUCUGUGCUGUUGAUAUCGCAGAGGAGCCUUCGCGAUUGAUGGCUUGGACGGUGCUCUUGUUGGUUCUAACGAUCUUUGCUUUUCCUGGAGUUUCGAAGGGGUUUGAUGAAGUCUCAUUCGUACUGGAUCAGCAAACCGAGGAUGAAUAUGCCAAUACGAAGGGAUGGAUUGUAGCUAUGGCUACCGCGGGUGCUGUUUUUAGGUGUUUUGGGUGCCUCCCAAUUACUGAUCGAUUCGCACGUCGCUGGGCUCUAGUGCUUAUCUCCCCCAAAGCCGUCCGCGGCGUCCUCACCCUCCAAUAUGCCGCCUGCCAGCAACUCGGCGUCGUCUUCGACUUCUUCAUCAACUACGGCGUCACAAAAUCCUACGUAGGAACGAACACACCAUGGAUGCUCCCAACACUCCUCCAGCUGCUUCCAGCCACCAUCUGGAGCGCAGAAAUUUUUUUUGCCCCGAACCCCCUUGCUGGCUCAUAUACCACAGCCGGCGCGAAGGAGCCCUCGCUUCCAUCCGAGAUUGGGAUGAUGGACGCGCGGAUCCUGCACGAGAGCGAGGAAGUAGGCAGCUCGUCUCAGUGGCAAUUGUUGAAGGAGACAUUUGUUCCUGUUGAAAACCGCCGGCGAUUCUUCGUAAUCGUCAUGGCGACGCUUUUCUCGCAGUGGUUUGGCGCAAAUGCCAUCACUCAGUACUCGCCCACUAUCGGCGAUGAAGCCGAGUUCCUCGCGACUGGCAUCUACGCCGUCGUCAAGUUCGUCAGCACCCUCGCCUUUGCGCUCAUUCACUGUAGACUUCAUCGGGCGGCCCGGCUCGACCAACGGAAUGAGGAACGAAUACAUCCGCUCGGCGCGGUGAUCAUCCACCGCGCCUCGACGGGCGCCAUAGUCGCCAUCUGUUUCCACGCCGUCGCGUGGAGUAUCGGCUGGUUCAGUAUUCCCUACCAGAUCGGGUCAGAUCUUCCCGACCAAGAUACGCAAGUGAUCGAUGGGGGACGUUUCUUUUUUUUUGGCGUGAUUUGUCUGCUGUCUUUUGAUCUACGUUUAUUUCGCCAUGCCGAUACCACCGGGCGAUCACUGGAGGCGUUGGACAAUAUGUUCCAUCGGUCGUGGUAUACGGUGCACCGCGUGGCAGAUGCCAAACAUGAAGAGAUCAAGAUUGAGCACCUGGGCAAGGCGGAGCUCGGUCCUCGUGCGGAACAUCAGGAGUAG